CCAGCACUACAACCUGACACGCCAGUCUUCUCUCAGGUAGCGGCGCAUCGCGGACACGCAGAUAUUUAUAUCCCACAGCGAGAGGUCGAGUGGAUCGAACCGCGGAGGAAAAGAACCCGACAAGAUGAAGUCGUUCCUCUCGGUGGUCGUGUUGGGGGCGCUCCUCGCCCUGGUGAGCGGGGCUGGUUCGGAUGGAGAGAUCUCCUUCGAGUACCACCGCUACGAGGAGCUGCGGAAGGCGCUGGUGUCCGUGUGGCUGCAGUGUCCCACCAUCACCCGCAUCUACACGGUGGGGGAGAGCUUCGAGGGCCGAGAGCUGCUGGUGCUGGAGAUGUCCGACAACCCGGGGACGCACGAACCUGGUGAGCCAGAGUUCAAAUACAUUGCCAACAUGCACGGCAACGAAGCAGUGGGUCGGGAGCUGCUCAUCUACCUGGCGCAGUACAUGUGCAACCAGUACCAGCAGGGCAACAACACCAUCAUCGACCUCAUCCACAACACACGCAUCCACCUCAUGCCUUCCAUGAACCCAGAUGGCUUCGAGAAAGCCGCCUCCCAGCCCGGAGAGAUCAAGGACUGGUUUGUAGGCCGCAGUAACGCUCAGGGGGUGGACCUGAACCGCAACUUCCCCGACCUGGACCGUAUCGUGUACAUGAACGAGCGGGAGGGAGGAGCCAACAAUCACUUGCUGCAAAACAUGAAGAAAGCAGUGGAAGAAAACGCCAAGCUGGCCCCGGAGACAAAGGCGGUGAUUCACUGGAUCAUGGAUAUUCCUUUCGUCCUCUCUGCUAACCUGCAUGGUGGAGACGUGGUGGCUAACUAUCCAUACGAUGAGACGCGCACCGGCUCCGCGCACGAGUACAGCGCCAGCCCAGAUGAUGUGAUGUUCCGCUCCCUGGCCAAAGCCUACUCUGUUUACAACCCCGUCAUGUCCAACCCUGACCGACCCGCCUGCCGCAAGAGCGACGACGACUCCAGCUUCAAAGAGGGCAUCACCAAUGGAGGCGCCUGGUACAGCGUGCCAGGAGGGAUGCAGGACUUCAACUAUCUGAGCAGCAACUGCUUUGAGAUCACACUGGAGCUGAGCUGUGACAAGUUCCCCCCUGAGGACUCUCUGAAGACGUACUGGGACCAGAACCGCAACUCUCUGGUCAACUACAUCGAGCAGGUGCACCGUGGCGUCAAAGGUUUCGUGAGAGACAUGCAGGGUAACGCCAUCUCCAAUGCCACCAUUUCUGUGGAGGGAAUUGAGCAUGAUCUGACCACAGCUAAAGACGGAGAUUACUGGCGCCUUCUGGCUCCAGGGAACUACAAAGUCGCUGCAUCUGCUCCUGGUUUCCUGACGGUCAUCAAGAAGGUUGCUGUUCCCCACAGCCCGGCCACCAGGGUGGACUUUGAGCUGGAGUCUCUGAUGGAGCGGAAAGAGGAGGAGCGGGAGGAGCUGAUGGACUGGUGGAAGAUGAUGUCAGAGACACUGAACUUCUAAACUCUCGGACUGCACAUCGAUGUAACAUAGUCCACACGCCGUGUGCCCGUCCAGAGAGAAGCCCCUCCUCCUCGAUUUGUUCUGUUCUCUGUUGAAUCACGAUUUGAGUUAAUUCUGUUCACUCCUGUAAUUGUUUCCAAGUCCUGCACAUACACACAGCGGGAGCACUGCAGGAGGUUUCUGUGGCAAAGAAGAUUGGUGUUGAUUUCUGUGCUAUUGUCUUAUAUUGUACAUGUGAUUGGUAACCAUGGCGACGACCUAUAUAUCUGAGUGUGUUUUAAAAGGGAAUUUUACGUGAAAGCCUCAGGGCUCCGUCCACAUCAGCUUGCUGUUUGUAUAAGUUCAAACCUUUUGCUCACGACCUCGAGGAGAAAAUAAAAUGUCACACAGAAACUUAACUAAAAGAACGUCAGCAGCACAGCCUUCAUUUCAGCACACUAUGAAUGAGAUUAGAUUAUACCGUAUUUAAUAACAAGGUACCACGAUAAAUGUGUGUUUUUGUAUCAUAAAGGAUGAAGACUUAAUAACUACUGUAUCAUUAAAAACACUAGUCGGAGAGGACACAUGAAAGAAUGGAAAGGAAGAAAUGUUGAAUGUAUAGAUAUUAAAUAUGUAAAGAAAUAAUCAAUAAAACUUCUCGUUAUGUUGUCAAA